GCGCAGUGCCGCCCUCUGGCGGCUCGGCUCCUUCCUCCCGCCCAUCGGCUUCUGCUUGCGGGCCUUUCAAACAUGGAGGAGCGCGAGUGGGGGGCGAGGUCGGCUCGCGCCGGCAGCCCAGCCAGCCCGCCCAGCCCGCGGCUGGACGUCAGCUCCUACAGCUUCGACCCGCUGCUGGCCUUGUACGCGCCUCGUCUGCCGCCCAUUCCCUACCCCAACGCGCCCUGCUUCAACAACGUGGCGGAGUACGAGAGCUUCCUGAAGGGCGGGCGCACCGGGCGCGGUCGGGCUCGGGGCACCGGGGAGCCGGCCUCGGCGGGAACCUCCACCGGAACCUCCACGGGAGCCGGGACCUCGUCCAGGGCCCGUCGCCGCGGCGCGCCCACCCCGGAUCCCGAGCGCAUCCAGCGCCUGCGCCGGCUCAUGGUGGUCAAGGAAGACACGGACCGCACGGCCGGGGCGCGACGCCAGGGCCCGGGGCGCAGCAAGAAGGCACCCCGCAAUGUGCUCACCCGGAUGCCCUUGCAUGAAGGUAGCCCUCUGGGUGAACUGCACCGCUGCAUCCGAGAGGGAGUCAAGGUGAAUGUUCACAUCCGCACCUUCAAGGGACUUCGCGGUGUCUGCACUGGCUUCCUCGUUGCAUUUGACAAGUUCUGGAAUAUGGCCCUCACAGAUGUGGAUGAGACUUACCGUAAACCCGUCUUAGGCAAAGCAUACGAGCGGGAUUCUUCGCUGACUCUCACUAGGCUAUUUGACCGGCUGAAACUUCAAGAUUCCUCCAAAAAGGAAGCGGAUUCCAAAUCUGCAGUUGAGGACUCCACCCUGUCUCGAUACUCCCAGACAUCUACGUGGAAGGUGGCUUCGGUAUGGGGACGAGGAGACACUGACCGGGGCUCACACAGGCGCUCCCGCUCCGUCCCUUCUUCCUUGCAGGCAUCUGCAAGGGAGGAGUCCAGGUCUGAGCUGUCAGGGAGGACUACAAGGACAGAAGGGUCCAGUGUGGGAGGUACCUUCUCUAGGGCCACCACCCUUUCACGGGGCCAGUCCCGUAAGAAAAAGCGAAAGCCCAAGGUGGAUUACCAGCAGGUAUUCACUCGGCACAUCAAUCAGAUUUUCAUUCGAGGCGAGAAUGUCCUGCUGGUUCAUCUUGCACAGUGAGCAGCUCAGCCCCACUUGACCUUUGGGUUUUAGAAAUAAAGUGCAUGACUGUUCCUAUGCUAUAUUCUAGUAUCCCAAACAGUGCGAGUCGAAGUGAUUCCCGCUGGUCCUGCCCAUGCAGAGCACAGAGCUGGCUCACCCUCUGGAAGGACAGGUCAGCAGUACUAACAGGCAAGAGCCUCUCACAGACAUGCUCGAACGGGCUGCUACUGGCUGCUCCUGAGUCUCAAGUGUAGGCGCUUCAGUUUGACUUAGGGUCAUAGCACGAGUGGAAUCCACACCAUGGAAACCUCAGAAAUGUCUGAAAAGGAAUAAUUUCAUUUCUAAAUCUAGUGGUCUGAGCACCGUGAGUUUGAUCUCAUGAUGAUCAUGUUUGAGCAAUGUAAAUUGCCCAAGAUCCUGUACCCAUAUCUUGGAACUUAUCUUUGUUCUACAUCAUUCUCUCUUGAUCAAGAAAUGAAAUUUCUUAUCCUCAAAUAUUAAUAAGGUCUAGGAAAGUUACCAGCUUACGAAGGAGUGAAGCUCAGCUAGGUGGUUGCUCAAAGCAGCCAGUGGUAACCUCUCUGCUCUGACCCCUCUUCCCGAGGGAGGGAAGGCUGAAGCUUGUCCUCCCCUCACCAGAGGUGGCCUCUGCACAUGGCAUACAGGUGGGACUCUACUGCACUCGUGGUGGCUUGUUGUCCUCUCGACUCCUGUGGCAUGGUGCUAGUGCAUGUGACCUGUGCUGUCCCCCCACGUGUUGUGUGUGACCUGUCCUCAUGUGCCCUUGUCUGACUUCAGAGAGUUCUACAUGAACUCAGUAAUACACAUCUCUCACUCGGCUAAGAGUCACCUUUCCAGGUGGGCCUGGCCUUGUGUAGAAAGUCGCUCGGAAUGGUGUUACUGUGAAAGAGGGGUCAUACUUUUAUUCCGUAUGUCAAGCCAGUGAGGUUCUUAGAAGAAUGGGCACUUGACUCCCACUUCUGCUUGAGUGUCAGGAAUACCAAAGGACCCAGGGGUGCUCCUACUUGAAUUAUAUCACCAUAUGCUUUUCAGUCACUAGUACAGAGUGGGCUGUAUCUUGACAUAGACUGUUAGGCACUAUUGACUUACAAAGUUUUGUUUAUCAUAGAUAACUUAUGUUCAAAGGGAGAAUGAGAAAUAGCUAGCUACUUCAAAUGUAUGUAUGAAUAGAGCAUUCCCCCUGCAGGGUUUGUGAAUAGCAUUGGUAAGCUUAGGGGGCUGGGACACUUGGUCUUCUGGUAGCUGGACCACUGCCUCCUCAGAAAAUGAAGUUGGCAGAUGUGCCUCAGUUUUCCCAUCAGACACCUACCUCACCAGGGCAUUGUGGCAGAAUUUUAGGAAGGGAUUUUCCGGCCUCUAAGCAUUUCUAAGUGCCAUGAAGAAAUUUUCCUUACUCUAUAGCAGAGCUCUGUAAAACCUGUCCUAUGAGCGAGGCAGAUGGUAUGUGAGGAAGGGAUCUUCCAGCUGUCACUUUUGAUCUUGUAGCCAUCAUCAGAGGCUAUGAGAGCUUCAGCAGCUGCUCUCCACGGCCUGUUCCUUCCUCCAGAAAGCAGCACGAGUUCUCAGAGGAACACCUUCAUCUAGGAAGAAGUGACUUUCUCUCUGCUGCUGCCCCACAUCCCGGGCCUGCUUUGCGAGGGUGUCAGUUCUGGCACUGGAGGGAGAAUAUGCAUCUAAAAACAGCAUUGUUCCCCAAGGAGAAUUUCUGGGCUUCUGUCUCUUCUCACCUUACCUGUUUUCAUUUCUAGUAAGUUUGAAGGCAGGACAGGUGCACUGGGUCAGUGGAAGCUCUGGGUAAGGCUGGAAGUUCAAAGCUCUUUGAUCCUGAAGUCUAAAUUCUCCUCUGCCUCCUGGGCUAGGCUUGUUCUCGAGUCAACAGUUGCUUUGUUCACUUAUCAGUCUGUAGUGCCUCUGUCUCUAGCAGUACUCCCUGUGUGGCAGUGUUCCCUAUGUGACAGUGCUCCCCCAUCUGCUCUGUUGCCCCUUAGGUAGAAGCUGUAAUGGCUGCUCUUUUUCCCCAACUAUGUAGAAAUAUGCAAUCAAAAGGAAUAGAACGAAUUUCUGUUGAUCCUAGUGAACCUCUUGGUACCAGUUUCAUGUUGUCAUAUAGCUCUCCCAUAUUUCUAUAAGGAUUGAUUUAUAAUUUUCCCCUCAACAUGACAACUCUCUCUGUGAAAAUUAUCUUUAAAUUGUGUGUGUUCUAUCUUUAGAUCCUCUUCAUUUAUUUGUUUAAUUUGGAUGGUGAUUCUGAAAUGAGUACUCUCUAGGAAAUGUGCAAUUUCAUGCAAAGCAUGGUAAUUAUUUUUAGAAAAGUCAAUUUAAUAAAUUAUUGCCUUUAGCAUUGGAACAGCUUUCAAAAAUAAAGAAAAGUAGGUCCUAAUAAUGUAUUGCUUCUCUGAAAUGAUAUCACAUAGGUCAUCCUUGAGUCACUGUAGUGGCUAGGGGGAUGGGAGACUAGGGAACUGGGCUGGGUACUUCAUGGUGGGCCUUAUGCUCUGUUCAUGAGACCCUGAGUUCAGUCCAUGGUAUGGAUGAAUCAAUACAUGAAUCACUAGCUCAAGUUUUCCUUAUGAGAAAAGAAGAGCCCAGGGAAAGGGCUUGGUGAGGUCAGGUACUAGAAGAUGCACUCCUUUCCUUAUGGAACAGAGCCUCCUCACUUGUGUUCCAUGAGAUUACAAUUUGCUUAAGGAUACACCUUACUUUUGUAUAAAUGGCUUUGAUUGUUCAAACUAAUUUCUAGCCACCUGAAUAAUUCACAGUUUAUAGCUAUUUUUAUUUAUUUAUUUAUUUUUGAAACAGUCUCACUGUGUCUGCCUGGCUGGUCUGAAACUCACUCAAUAAAUCAGGGUAGUUUCAAACACAGAUCUGCCUGCCUCUGCCUGCCAAUGCUACGACUAAAGAGGUGUCCUGCCACCCAGUGGUUCAGCCAUUAGAGUGAUCAGCUUAGCCACAGCUCUGGUGCUCAGCUUGAAGAGAAGUUACAAGUAGGCAAGUAUCACCACCAGAACAGGGCUGGUAAAGGUUCAUGCUCAAAUGCAAGGGAGACAACACACAGGACAGGACAGGGACCCUGGGCGCUGGCCAAGGAUUAAGGUAUACUGCUUAAAUAAACAAAGGGAGCCAGGCGUAUGCAGGCCCAGGCAGCCAUUGUACCGAGGCUCAGAUUUCUGUGUGUCUUAGUUGCUGGCUGGGUUGACAAAGUGGCCUGCUGUGUUCACUCCACUGCUCGGGACAAGUUCAGACACGAUCACAUAGGUUACAGCAAAGCUGGGGAAGGUUAGGGGCUGGAGUACUGUUUUUAAAGUAGUGUGCAUUAAAUGGGCAGAGUUAAUGUAGAGCCAGGGUCCUACCACAUGCCAUUCUGUGUCCAGAAAGCCAUUCUUGUACUUCGUAUCAGUACAGCUCUCACCUGGGCUGUCCAUUUUAGUGACUGGGAAGCCUGAGGUUUCUCUUUUUAGGACCAGCAGGUGGUUUGUGAAAUGCUUAGCCAGUUAGCAUGCGAGGCAGGGGUCUAAAGGAGUCUCUAUCUUGCUCUUCCUUUGCCCGAUGCACAUCAAGGCUCUGAGCAUUCUGGUGUGGGUGCCCAUGAACUCUCGAUGAGAGCUGCUGUCAGAGCAGGAGCAGCCUCAUGUGCCUUGGCACGGAAAGAAUGCUCCUUCAGGUUGUCAGAUCAUGAGCUCCAAGCUGCCCCUUAAUCCUUAUCAGCCUCACAGAGGUCUGUGCCAACACUUCUACCCUUUAAGAUAAAAGGAACAGACCCAACACAAGUAGAAGUGGGCGUCUGUUUCUGUUUGCACUGUGUCCGUGACAGCCACCCAGGCAAAAUCGGGAAAUACACUUGGUUCUGUGAAUUGCUUCUUUACAUGUCCCGUAGAUCAUUUUUCCUGUAGGAAAAAACUACAAGUAUUCAAAGCCAGCUAGCUGUCACUGGUGCUUCCCCAAAGCAUUUCAUCCCCUUCUGUGCUUUUUAUGAAUGAAAUGGUUGCUGUGCGCAGGUCAGGUUAAUAGAAGAAAGAGUCUGGUGGUAUAAAUAGAGUAGUCUGAGAGAUGUCUUCAUUUUUCUCUUCCUGCACCAUCCCUGGAAUGUAUACAGCCUGCUGUGGGUAUCCUGUUCGCCUGUGUCUGUCUUGCCCAGAAGGCUUUUCUCAGUGGUCGGAAGUAAAACUAUCCAUCUGGCCUAUACGGGAAAGGCUGAUAAGUCUGCCGUUACUUUCUGGCAAAUUGGUGGAUUUAAGAUAAGCCUUGGACUCCCGUCACCGUUUUCUGAAGAUGAGUUGGGCCUUCUUACCUCCCACUGUUGGGUAUAUUUCAAAUGUCUGUCAGUUCUCUAGCACAGUCCUAAUAAAAGUGAAAGCCCUCUGUCAAGAAACAACAUGGGCGAUCCAAAGAUCAGGGGCGAGAAAACUCGGCAUACCUCGGACCCUUGGGGUCUUUAAGCUGUGGCGAGCACGGGCAUCCCUGAGGAAAGCUGGGAGUUUGGUUCCUGGCACAUUGCAGUCACUUUUGAUUGUGAGUCCUUGGGAGCAGAUGUCUGAUGUUGUAUUUUCAGAACUAUGAGGAAAUGUCUGGGAACACUUAGGGGCCGUUUUGGGUGAUUGAUUGCCUGAUUUCAGAGCAGCUGGUCCCCUUUUCUGUUCUCCUGGCAGGAAAACAAGACAGUGAACCAUGCCCUAAAACACUCACACCUGUAAUCCCAGCCCUUAGGAGACUGAGGCAGGAGGAUCCCUGUGAGUUCCAAGCCAGUCUCAGCUACAGAGGGAAAGAGUCUCAAAAAAACUAAAAUGACAGCAACCAAAAGUAAUUUGCCUAUUCAGUAGAGACAUGUAACUACUCUGGCCACUGUGUCCUCUGCACCGUGACUUGGUGAUGGUUUUAUGGACAGGGCUGAAGGUGGAUGACUAGGAGUGCUGAUGUAACUGAUAUAAGAACCCCUGACUGACCUCAUCUUUACUCACCCCUUGUUGUUAACUGAGACUCUUUUUGUUAAGGGGGCCUGCAGUGAGAAACCUUUGCAAUGUUCUGCUUUUGAUAAUGUGUCAAAUGGGAGUCUGGAAACUAAUAAAUAUGAUUGUAUCCA